GUCACGAGAAGGAUUAGUUGUACUACUACUAAAUACGAAAUCCGACCGAACCCAAGUAAGUUAUGUAAUCCCUUUUCCUCUUCUUCAUAAAAAAUUUGAUUAUAUAUUAUUUGUACCUUAGCAGAAUUAAUAUUGUUGUACCCCUGGGGAUGUUCUUGAAAAGGGGAGCAUGUACAUUUAUGGAGUGAUAGAUAUUUAAUGAAGUACAAAGGGCCCUAGUGAUUGUUGUGUUAUUAUGUUUUUGGAUGAAAAUUAAAACAUGACUUCAGAUAUGGAACUGGUACCUGUGACAUCACAAAAACAUGAUCCUGCAUGGAAGCACUGUCAAAUGUAUAAGAAUGGUGAAAGGGUUCAGCUCAAGUGUGUGUAUUGUGGGAAGAUUUUUAAGGGUGGUGGAAUCCAUAGGAUUAAGGAACAUCUAGCUGGGCAAAAGGGUAAUGCCUCUAGUUGUUUGAGAGUUCUGCCUGAUGUUCGCCUUCUAAUGCAAGAGAGCUUGAAUGGGGUUGUUAUGAAAAAGAGGAAAAAGCAAAAACUUGCUGAAGAAAUAACCAAUUAUAAUGUGGAUAAUGCUAGUGAAGUUGAUGCUUUGACUAUAAAUAAUUGCGGUCUAAACACUGAAGUUAACUUGCUUCCUGUCCCAGAUACGCUUGAACAGGACUCGAAUUUUUUUGUGGGUAGGGAGGAAGGAGGAGGUGGAAAUAAAGCAAGUGGUAGGAAGAAGAAGGGGAGAGUUAGAAAAGCAUCUAGUUCUGCCAAUCCUAAUGCAAUUGUUGCUUGUAGUAAUGCAGCUAUAGCUACGAAAAAGGUGAAUAAUCAUGUCCAUAUGGCAAUAGGGCGGUUUUUGUUUGACGUAGGGGUACCUUUAGACGCUGUGAAUUCAGUUUAUUUCCAACCCAUGAUUGAGGCGAUUGCUUCUCAAGGUGAUGGCGUUGUUGGACCAUCUUACCAUGAUCUUCGGAGCUGGAUCUUGAAGAAUGCAGUUCAAGAAGUUAGAAAUGAUAUUGACCAAUACACAGGUUCUUGGGGAAAGACAGGAUGUUCUGUAUUGGUAGAUGAAUGGGUUUCAGAAAAAGGUAAAACUUUUGUAAGUUUCUUGGUAAAUAGCUCCGAAGGGACAAUGUUUUUCAGGUCUGCAGAUAUAACCAACUUGGUAAACUCUGAGGAUUCUCUGUUUGAAUUGCUUAAGGAGGUGGUAGAAGAAGUUGGUGUGAGAAAUGUGAUGCAAGUAAUUACUAAUAGUGAGGAGCGAUAUCUUGCUGCCGCUAGAAGACUGACUGAUUCUUAUCCCUCUGUAUUCUGGACUCCUUGUGCUGCUCACUGCAUAAGUUUGAUGCUGGAGGACAUCAGCAGGCUUGAGUGGGUAAAAUCAGUACUUGACCAAGCCAGAACAAUAUCAAGAUUCAUGUAUAAUCAUAAUGUUGUUCUGAACAUGAUGAGACGGUACACUUUUGGAGUUGAUUUAGUUGAUCUGGGAAUCACUCGCUCUGCAACACAUUUUACGACGUUGAAGCGAAUGGUUAACAUAAGACACAAUUUGCAAUCCAUGGUCACUUCAGAGGAGUGGAUGGAGAGCCCAUACUCAAAGAAACCAGAGGCAUUUGCUGUGCUAGAUUAUAUUGGUAAUCAAUCAUUUUGGUCCACUUGUGCCUUACUUACUCGAUUAGUUGAUCCACUUUUGAGACUUCUGAGGAUAGUUGGAAGCGACAAGAGGCCUGCCAUGGGAUAUGUUUAUGCUGGAGUAUAUCGAGCCAAAGAAACAAUUAAGAAAGAACUCACUGAUAAGAAGGAAUAUUCCACGUAUUGGGAUAUUAUAGAUCAUAGAUGGGAACAACUUCAGCGUCAUCCUCUUCAUGCCGCUGGUUUCUACCUAAAUCCUAACUUCUUUUACAGUACCGAAGGUGAUGUACAUCUUCAUAUCCGUUCACUGGUAUAUGACUGCAUUGAGAAGUUGGUUCCAGACCCAAAAUUUCAAGAUAAAGUUGUGAAAGAGAUAGGUUCUUAUCACAAUGGUGCUGGAGAUUUUGGACGAAAGAUGGCUGUUAGAGCUAGAGAUACUUUACUUCCAGCUGAGUGGUGGUCAACUUAUGGUGGGGGUUGCCCAAAUCUGGCACGUUUAGCCAUCCGCAUUCUGAGUCAAACUUGCAGUCUGAUCUACUUUAAGCAAAAUCAAAUCCCUUAUGAGCAGAUGCAUGAUACCAGAAACUGCUUAGAGCGACAGAGGCUUAAUGACCUUGUCUUCGUCCAAAAGAACUUGUGGUUGAAGCAAAUGGUUCAAAGGAACAAAGAACAGGAUUCAGUUGACCCGAUAUCGUAUGAGCAUAUUUCCAUUCUUGAGGACUGGGUGACGGGGAAACCAUUAUGCUCAGAAGACUUGGACAGCUCAGAUUGGAUGAUAGUUGAUCCACCUUUAGGCAACACAAUGCUUUUAGGAACACCAAUUGAUGAUUUUGAAGCCCUCGGUACAGGCUUCGAUGAUUAUGAAAUUUUUGAGGGGGUGAAAGACAGUGAAGAAGAAAACGGAGGAUAACACUGCAGGGUAUUAGUAUGCGAAGGUCUUCUCACUUUUUGCAUGAUGGAAAAAGAAUGAACGCAAGUGGUGCCAACUAAUAUACUUUUGACCAAAUAAAGUGUGGAAAAGUUGGAUUUGAUGCACCUAAGGAAGCGAAGCAUCUCUUCCCCUCCCUCUAAAGUCGCCCAUUCCUCGACAUAUAAUUGUUUUUGAGUAGAAAGCUUCCUAAGCCUGUAUCCUCUGGGGAUGAUGCUCGUCGAAAAUAGAGGUUGAUAUCAUGCUUAUGGUGGCUUUAAAUAUUUCUUAAUGAGUUUCAUUUUAUGUGAUUUCAUUAUUUUUUCCGAGCGCACUUUGCUCUGUGCAGGAGUGUUGAGUCAGGAUGUGGUUGGACUUUCACUAAGUGUAAAUUGGCUUAAUGCCUCUGUACUUUGAAGCAACAAGAUAGUAAUCCUCUUUCCUGUUUAA